AUGAGGGAUCCGUCUCCGUCCACCAAACCUCCAUCCGUCCUUCUCCGCUAUGAGGACAGUGAAUACAAGUGCCUAUCUACCACAGAUCCUCAAGACGGCUGCAGCUUACCAUCAUAUUUCUUGAAGAUUGAACCGAAACUCGCAACCUCGGAGCUGUCCAUGGCUGCUCAGGCCUUCGCAAUCUUUACCGUCACGCGCAACCUUGGCAAUGUUGCCAAUUCCGAACAACAUGCCAAUGAUGUUGGAAACAGCGGAGCUAGGAUCGUCCACAGUUUCAUAAACGGCUAA